UAAUAUUAUUCAUCAAGUUAAAGCAUCUAUCAAAAACAAAACUGCUAUACCUAACAACCACAACACCACAAUCAAUUCUAUCAACUCAACUCAUAAUCUUGAUAUCCCAACUAUACCAACUA